UAUAUUACAAACUACAAGCAGUCGUAGAAGCGAAUAGAUUAUAGAAGUGCGAUGUAAUGUUUAUUAAAUAUAAAACUAUAUACGUAUAAAUAUAUUUUUGUUGUUUUUACAUUAAUAACCUAACAAUAAUGCAUUUUGUUCAAAGUUGGAAGAUAUUGAAAGUAAUCGGUGCUUUUAUAAUUGCAACUUAUUGCCAGGCACUCAACCAAGACAUUGGUGAGAAAUGCACAAACAAAAAUGGUAUUGUUGGAUUUUGCCAAUCAAAAAUUAAUUGUAGUGAAGACAGUAAUUUAGGAGCUGUAUGUAACUCUGAACAAACUAUUAUUUGCUGUGCUCAAAAUACUUUAAAAAAUAAGAAAAAUAUGACUUCAAGUGAUAGUCUUCAAGAGGAUCAAAUGAUACAAUCACGAUUUGGCUUUAUACCAGAUUUCUUUCAUGCAUCUUUAAUACCUCAAAAUCCAACACAAAAUAUUAAUUUUUUUAAUCAUCAAAAUAAUAAAAAUUCUGAUAUUGUUAGUAAUGUAUUUCAUCAGAAUUUAAAUACUAUGAAAUUUAUUGAAGAUAGACCUUAUCAAAAUUUAGAACAAGAUGUAGUGACCAAACCAAAUAAAAAAAAAAAUUCAUUCACUACACAAACAAAUAAUUAUGAAUUUUAUAGCAGUAAUAAUAAUAAUAAUCAUAACUCAAAUAUCCAAAAUAUUUUUGAUAGCCCUCAAACUACAAAAAUAUCUCAAAUUAAUUAUCAUUAUUCUAGUUAUGAAACACAAAGACCGAAUUUUAAUCAAAAUAACAACAAUAAUAAACGACCUAAUUAUGAAACAUAUCCUCAAAAUCAAAAUGAUUAUUAUUAUUUAAGUUCCACAACUAUAAGGCCAAAUUAUAAUCAAAAUAACAAUAAUAAUAAACGACCUAAUUAUGAAGCAUAUUCACAAAACCAAAAUAAUAAUUAUAACCCAAGUUCCACAAUAAUAAGGCCAAAUCACAAUCAAAAUAACAAUAAUAAUAAUCAACCAAAUUAUGAGACAUACCCACAAAAUCAAAAUAAUUAUCGUCCAACUAGUAGCAGUAUAUUUUUUCCCGAUGAUUCAGAUGAUUCUACUACUGAAAAUUCUUACACAAAAUUUACAACAAUCAAGAAAAAUAAUUAUGAAUAUCAAUAUAAUCCAUAUAAAAAUACAAAACGUAUCAGUGAAAUAAAAUGUGAAGAAUAUUCCAAGGCACUUACAACUACAAUUUCUGUACUGCCUUUGUCAAUUGAUGCUGCAACAAAACCAGUGUCAAUAGAAACAUGUGAUUCAACUGGUGUUGGAUUAAUCGUUGGUGGAUCUAAAGCUGAAUUAGGAGAAUUCCCACAUAUGGCAGCAAUAGAAUUCCAUACAGCAAUUGGAAAUCAAUGGAAUUGUGGUGGGACAUUAAUUAGUGAACAAUUUGUACUGACAGCUGCUCAUUGUACAAUUAGUUCACAAGGUAAUCCUGUUCGAGUAAGAUUAGGAGAACUGAAUUUACAAAAUUCUAUUGAUGGUGCUAAUCCAGUAGAUGUUGUAAUAAGUGAAAUCAUUGUACAUCCUGAUUAUGUUUCAUCACUAAGGUAUAAUGACAUAGCUCUAUUACGUUUGGAAAAGAAAGUAAAAUUUAAUAAUCACAUACGACCUGCUUGUCUUCACAACAAAGAAAAUAUAAAUUCUCCUAAAGUUACCGCUACUGGAUGGGGAAGUGUUGCAUUUGGUGAUCAUUCAAGUGAUGAAUUAUUAAAAGUAUUUUUAGAUGUAAUAGAUAAUCGACAGUGUAAUAAGUUAUAUGAAGAUCAAAAAAAAAUCCUAAAUAGAGGAAUUAUUGGUUCUAUGUUGUGCGCUGGAGAUUUAGCAGGAGGACAUGAUACUUGUUUGGGAGAUUCUGGAGGACCACUUGUAAUAAAAUCAGAACAUAAUGCAUGUGUUUUCAAUUUAAUUGGGAUAACAUCAUUUGGAAAAGGUUGUGGAACUGUUAAUUCAGCAGGAGUUUACACUAGAGUAUCAUCAUUUUUACCUUGGAUAGAAAAAAUUGUGUGGCCCUAAAAAUUAAAUAACUAAUGAAUAUGUUAUAUGCCAUAACUUAAGUAAAUAAUUAAUUUA